ACACUCCUCCUUUCAUUCUUAACCACAGUCUCUCUCUUUCUCUAGAAUCUUCUCUCACUAAACCUCAGCCAUGUCUUCCAUGGACUCAACCACACCGGAAAACCCUCUCCUACGCCGCCGUAACUCCGUUAUCCUCCCUACAAAACUCAACCUACAAUCAUCACCGUCAACCACCGCCACGUCAUCAUCGAAUUCAUCAACGAAUUCCGAUUAUGAGUUGUUUUCGAUUAAGCCUGUAUCGUAUACUUCCUUAAGAGAUCUAAUGCCGCCGCUGUCAACCGCUAAUUCACCUAGACCUAAUAAUAAUGAAUCCGCUGGUGGUUCGGAAAUCUCGAUUAGGAAUCGUUUGGUUAAGCAAGCUGCUUGGGCUUAUUUACAGCCUAUGUCUACUUCGCCGGAUUCCGAUGGACGGAGUUUGUUCAGCCGGUUGUUUUACCGGUCACCGGUUAAUAAUCCGGUCGCUAGAGUUAUUGAGUUUGUUGAUCGGUUCAUUUUUGGUCCGUUAACUAGAGCUGUUGAUUGGUUGCUUCGUGCGGUUCGGAUUCGGAGCUCCAGAUAGCGACCCGACCCGACAUACAGAAUAUAUAUGGUCAUAAAUGUAAAAUGCCUGUUAUUUUUCUCAUGUUAUCACAAAAGCUGGAAAAAAAAAAUUAAAAACAAAUGGAGCAGGAAAAAAGUUCAAUAAAAAAAAAGUUAAAAAUUUUGAGUGUUUUUUUUUACUUACAGUGUACAAAUUUCUUUUUUUGGCUCCACAAGAGGUGUUGAUUGGCUGCUGCGUGCUAUUUGGAUCCGGAGCUCCAGAUGCCGACCCGACCCGACCUGACCCGGUAUAUAGUGUAUAUUUCCAUUUUGGAAGUGUUAACUUCUAGUUUUUAAAAUGUUUAAUUAAUAGGGUCAGAAAUGUACACCUCUCAUGCUAUUAAAGAAAAGGUGGGGAAAGAAAAUAUUCAAAACAAGUGGAGAAGGAAAAAUGUUCUAUAAAAUUAAAAAAAAAAAAAUCUUAUUGCUUUUUC